CGAGGCCACACGUGCUAUCGGCCUCCCGGGCUGCAGACGGGCUCCGAGGGCCCGGUAGCUGGUGUGUGCGCGCGCGCGUCUGGGAAUGUUGGUCUGUGUGUGAGGGAGCGCGAGCGCCCACGUCUGUCUGCGCGCUGAGCGCUGGUUCCUGCUUUCUCCGCGUCGCCGCUGUCUGCGAGAGCGUUUGCACUUCUACCGAGCAUCUGGUUCAGCAUGCAAGAAGAAGCAAGGAGUGAGGACAAGCAGAGCUAAUGGGCCAUGAGGAUGUAAGCGUGUUUGAAGGCUACCUUACAUACCACUCCAGGACAGAAUCAUGAAUAAACUGGAGGACAAGCAGGACCAGAUGAUACCAUGAAGAGAAGUUUACAGGUCCUCUAUUGCCAACUGUUUAGUGUUCUCUUGAUCUUGGCACUGACAGAAGAGCUGGUGUUUGCCACCCAGGAACCAUCUCCCAGGGAGUCCCUUCAGAGCCCCCAGAUGGACACUACCCCUGUUGUUAUGGCGACAGUGCCCCCCAGCUCCACCACUAUGGUGGUGACAGCUCCCCAGACCAACGGUCUCCCGCUGACAGAUGCUGCCCCGACUACUGUGGCAAAGAAGCCCCCCCAUUCCAAGAAACACUCCCUCACAAACACCACUCCUGCUACUGUGGUGACGGCAACCCGCCGCCCACCGCGGCCACCAGGUUCUUCGAGGAAGGCUGCUCGCCCUUUCCCACCUGCAGCUGGCAGUGGUGCCAGCCGGAAGGAGAUUCACCGGGCACGCAACCAGAGUGCCCCACACCUGGGGCAGACGCGUCCUCUUGGGAAGAUCUUUCAGAUUUACAAAGGCAACUUCACAGAGCCCACAGAGCCUGGUUCCCAGAGAGACCCCCAUCCCUUGACCCCCAGCUCCAAAACUCCAAUUUCUAAUCACUCCUCUGAUUCUCCAAGGCCCCAGGUCACGGCUGCUACCACAGAGCCUGAUGGUGGAGUGUGGGCACCACCUAUGGACAAAAUGAAAGGCCUCAGGCAGGCAGAACAAGAGAGCAGGCCCUCCCAAAGCAGCCACGGAAGGGAGCCCAAUGCCCCAGUCAUGGCCACCGAGCUCCCUGAGUUCCCCAAGCUCCCCGCUGAUCCAGAAACCACAACAGUGCCUUCUCAGCCCCCGCACAGUGACCUGUCAGGAUGUCCCAAGACUCAGCGACUCUGGCUCACCCCAACCCCAGGAACCAGCGUACCUUUGUUUGCCAGCCCUGGGGUCUCUACAGCCCCAGGGGGCUCUGUCCAGGCUGCCUUUAAUGUCAGUGUUUCAUCCCCGGUGGUGGGGAGCCCUCAGGGAGCUACUUCUACAACCCAGCAGGCCCUGGCCAGCCCUGAUCUGCAUCCCAGCAGUGCCCCUUCUACCAGGAGCCCUAAACUGCUGUUCAGUACCCUCGCCUCCGAAAGCCCCACCCUGGUGUCAAGCAGCGCCCUUUCUACUAGGAGCCCUGAGCUACUGUCCAGCACCCUCUCCUCCAGGAACCCCAGUCUACUGUCCAGUAACACUGUCUCUGCUCAGAGCCCAACCCUGCUCCCCAGCAGCAGCUUCCCCUCCAAGAGUUCCACCCUGUUCUCCAGCAGCACCUUCCCCCCAAGAGCCCCACCCUGCUCCCCAGCAGCACCUUCCCCCCCAAGAGCCCCACCCUGCUCCCCAGCAUCUCCUUCUCCCCGACUAGCCCCACUUUGCUCCCCAGCAACACCCUGCCCCCAAGAGCCCCACUCUACUCCCCAGCAGCACCUUCCCCCCCAAGAGUCCCACUUUGUUCCCCAGAAGCACCCUCCCCCCCAAGAGUCCCACUUUUCUCCCCAGCAGCACCUUCCCCCCAAGAGCCCCACCCUGCUCCCCAGCAGCACCUUCCCCCCCAAGAGCCCCACCUUGUUCUCCAGGAGCCCCCUCCCCUCCGAGAGCCCCGCCCUGCUUCCCAGCAGCACUCUCCCCCCCAAGAGUCCCACUUUACUCCCCAGUGGCACCCUGUCCCCCAGGAGCCCCACUUUGCUCUAUAGCAUCACCCUUCCCCCAAGGAGCCCCACUUUGCUCUCCAGCAGCACCCUCCCUUCCAAGAGCCCCAACCUGUUCUCCAGGAGCUCCCUCCCUCCCAGGAGCCCCACCCUGCUCCCCAGCAUCCCCCUCCCCCCUAGAAGCCCCACAUUCCCCCCCAGGAGUCUCACCCCACUCUCCAGCAGUGCCCUUCCUACUGCUGAGGGGCACAUGAUCACGCCCACAGUUGCCAGCAGAGUACCCAGCCCCCUGUCUACAGUGGGCUCCACUGCUACAGGGAACUUCCUCAACAGACUGGUCCCUGCAGGAACCUGGAAGCCCGGCAUGCCAGGGAACAUCUCCCAUGUCACCGAGGGGGACAAGCCCCAGCACAGAAGCACCAUCUGUCUGAGCAAGAUGGACAUUGUCUGGGUGAUCUUGGCCAUCAGUGUGCCCAUCUCUUCCUGUUCGGUCUUGUUGACAGUGUGCUGCAUGAGGAGGAAGAAGAAAACAUCAAACCCAGAAAACAACCUGAGUUACUGGAACAAUGCUAUCACCAUGGACUACUUCAAUAGGCAUGCUGUGGAGCUGCCCAGGGAGAUCCAGUCCCUGGAAACUUCUGAGGACCAGCUCUCUGAGCCCCGCUCUCCAGCCAACGGAGAUUACAGAGGCAGUGGGAUUGUGCUUGUCAACCCCUUCUGUCAAGAAACGCUGUUUGUAGGAAAUGACCAAGUGUCUGAGAUCUAGCCUGCAACAGCCCGCUCGCGUUACAAUUCUGUGCUUUCCGUCUCUAAAUUAUAAAUACAUAUAUAUUAUAAAUAUAAUCUUUGUGUAACCCUGACUUCAUGAUAAACAUUUUCAGCUUUUUUUUUUCCCUAAGAAUUGUCAACAUCUUUUUUACAAGUGUGGUUGAAAAGAAAACUUUACAGAAUGACCUGUGGCUUUCUAAAAUAAAGGUAUUUCUAAGCAAAAUGGUCAUGCCAAUUGCUUCUCUUGGUAUCUGUCCUCAGAGUCAUGUGAGGGAAAUUAUUUUCAUAAGACUCUCAAGUCAAGUAAGUUGCCUGACCUCCAGCCUGUGUCUGAUUUAUCCAUACUCCCGAUACAGUCAAUAGUAUUGACAUUUAUGUGGUCCAUAGGGACCUCUCAUCUGAACCUGUUCUCACAUGCCCCAGAGAGAGAAUCAAGAUCAUUUGGAUAUAAAGGGUGACCAUAUUCACAAAGCAGACAGUGGGGAGAUGGGCCAGAGGAUCACAAAAUUAGAGCUGAAAUGGACCUUAGAAGUUAUCAGUCCCAACUCUGUCAUUUUACAGAUGAGGAAACUGAGGCCCAGAGUGAUUGAAUGAUUUGCCCAGGGUCUGAUAAAUAGUCAAUGGCAGAGCUAUUCAAAGAACCCAGGAUCAAGGACUGCAAAAUCCAAUUCUCAUCAUACUACAUUGGGCUGCCUCCCAGUAACCCCCUCCAAGAUAUUUCUCUAGGGCAGUUAGCUGUCCAGACUAUUCUGUAACUUCAAAGAACCUCCCAUUUGCUAUGAAGCAAUAUUCCAUCUAAGCUCUUGAAACUUGAUCAAGGAAGUAUAGUUAUGGAAGACUCCUCGUAAGUCAAUUCAGCUUAUGAGAAACUCAAAAGAUACAGCACCAAGAAAUGGCAUGCUGUAAUGAGAAAAGCGGGGGGGAAAGAGGAUUUGGAGUCAAAAGACUUGGGUUCAAAUCCUGUUCUCCUCAACUUACUGCCAGCAUCCCGGAUAAGUUACUUCAUCUCUCUGGGUCUCAGUUUUCCCCAUCUAUAAAAUAAGGGAUUUGCUCUAGUUGGUAUUAGGAGCCCUUUCAGCCCUGAAUCCAGUGACAAUACCAUAUGCCAUAGAACUGUAUGAUGAAAAUGUUUUUGGUUGUCAUAAAAACACUUUGUCUUUAACCACUUCUCUCCCAUUAGUAACGCUAACUUUUAGAUGGGAGGAAAUUUGUGUUAGGGUUGCCAGCCAGCUUUCCAAGAAGGGUAAGCCAUUUGUUGUGCCCAAAAAAAUACUUAGA